CAGUACAAGUGGUAUCGUGGCCGGAAACACACACGAGGCUGAAGCUACUCCUUACCAAACAGUUGCAAAUCAGCAGGCCAAACCCCCAUGUCCGAAGAAGACGUUCCGUUGUACUUCUUGAAUCAAGGGGAAGAGAAAUGCCUUGCUGUCGUGAGCGGGUCUACGCCUUCGGACGCUGUGAUUGGCCUGGCGUGUCCGGGCAACAGCAAGGAACAGCAGUGGAUCGGCAGCGGAGGCCAGUGGCGAUGGUGCGCCAACCCCUCGUACUGCUUGGCUCCUGCGGCGGGAAACAUGGUUGGAUUGGCCGAAAGUAGCUCCUCGUCAGCUCUUUGGACUAAGGACGACGAAGGCAGGCUGGUCAAUGGCUCGAAGGCGCUGACUUUUCCUCGAGUCAAAGAUAAGAGUCGCUUGCUUUUGCGUCCGAUUCACAAUGGGGCCAAUCAGAAAUGGUGGACGGAUGUGGAAUUGAGAGAUUCUUUGAUGAGUGUCGAGCGCGCAUCGUACCCGCUUGUAUCCGAUGAUGUAACCACAUACAAGCACGAGAUUGCUCGGGGAUUCGUGAACAAGAUGACUCCGAUGACAGAGCCACUGCCUUUCCCUCGAGAUGUUGGCAGGUUCCCCGGCGUGGUCGACCCUGAGACGCCCCGCAUCAGCAGGACCCUCACGCUCGAUCUCUCGGCGCUGGGCCAAGCCGGUAACUUGCGCAUGGUGACGCCGCGAGACUGGCAGGCCACCGACCUGUACGCAACUGCAGGAGAUGUCUUCCAAAUUGUUCUGCCGGACACUCUGCCUCCGCAGCGAGCCGGACAGAUCACCGUUCGCGUCGGCGCUCACUGUGAUCAGCUCCGGCCAGGGGUGGGUAAUGUGAAGAAGAAGGGAUUUAGACGCAUGCCGAUUGUUUCAGAAGCAUUUAGCAUGAGCCCGGGGAUAAACAGUCUUCGGAGCCAAUAUGGAGGAAAUUUGAUAUUUUGUUAUCAGAAAGGAGAGCUCUUCACAGUCGAAGUUACUGUGACAAACGUCGUGAAGGCUCCCUACUUUAAACGGGGUGAGACGACUGCUGAUGAGUGGGAAGUUUCGAAACACUUGGACGCGCCGCACGCCGUGCUCGAGAGCGAACGCGUUGUGCUCGUCACGAGGAACAAGGCGAACGCUCGAAUUCCCUUCCCCGAGGAGCUCAUGUCGCGCUACGAGGAGGUCAUCGACCACCUGAAUGACCUGGCUGGGUUUUCCGACGACGACCCGCCGCCCAGAGGGAAAUAUUGGCUAGUGAACGAUCUGCAGGUAUCUCGCGGGUCGGCGCACGCUGGAUUCCCCGUUAUGUUCACGCAGAGUAUAAGAAACCUGGCUGUGACCAACACUCCUUACCAUUGGGGCGUCUGGCAUGAACUGGGCCAUAAUUACCAGCAAGCUCGCUUCUGGUCGCACACCUUUGGCUCAGAAUCAACGGUCAACCUUUUCGCUCUCUACAUCCAAGAAAAGCUGUUUAACAAGGACCGCCUAAAGAACAGCAAGUGCUACCUGGACACCGCCAGGGCCGUGGAUCAGGGUCUAGCCUUCAAGGACGGCAAUUGCUGGCAGAAGCUCGUGUUCCUGAUGGAGAUCAAGCACGCCUUCCCAGAACAGGGCUGGGAGAUGUUCCGCCAGCUGAACCGCACCACCCGCGCCUUGUCAGAGGAUGAGGCUCAGCAUCUCUCGUCAGACCGAAAGCUGCAAAUUGACUACGUGUACGAGAACCUGAGCAAGACUGUGCAUCAGGACCUGAUCCUUACGUUCCAGCGGUGGGGCUUGAAGGUCAGUCAGAAGGCGCAGGAAGAAGUGCAAAGUCUUGGAUUAGAAAAAGCAGCUGCGGAUCUUUCUGUCAGAGAUUGAUGGGAUAAUUUUGUUUCGAAAAUACACUUCAGGUUCUAUAUCUUUUCAUCACUUGCACUUAUAACCAUAAAUUAAUGAGUUCUGUUUGCUGCAUAGCUAAUAUUAAGACGUGUUCUCAUGCAUUUACUCUUCCAAAGAUUUAUCAUUUCACAAUCUAGUAUAUUUUUAAUGUUUAUUCUGCCAGAUGUUUUGUUAAAUGGUAUUGUAUUUGACAUGCAUUUCACAAGCUUAGAUAUCGUAUGAAUAAAAUUGGUGCACACUGUAUGUGUACGGGCGUACAUAUACAUAUACAUGUAAACACACACACACACACACACACACACACACACACACACACACACACACACACACAUAUACGUGUGUGUUUGUGCUUAUGUGUAUGUAUACACGGAAA